AUGGCUGAAGAUUUAGCAAUAGCUACGGGCUCAUCCACCAACAAGCCUCCAUUCUUUGAUGGAACUGAGUAUCCUUAUUGGAAAACUCACAUGCAACUAUUCAUUGAAUCCACAAACUACAGGCUCUGGGACAUCAUUGAAAAUGGCAACAUCGUUCACAAAGAUGAUGCUGUAGAACCAAUAAAGAAGGAUCAACUGACAGAAGCACAACACAAGGACUAUCAACUUAAUGCUAGAGCUAAGUCAUUCCUUUUAUGUGCUUUAAGAAAAUCUCAGUUGGAUAAGGUUGAUGGCUUAGCAACGGCCAAAGAAGUCUGGGAAGCUCUAGGGUUGGCAUAUGAAGGUACGGCAAAUGUCAGACAAGCCAAAGUAAGCCUACUUGUGGCUGAAUAUGAAACCUUCAAGAUGAAGGAAAGUGAAAGCAUUGAUGACAUGUUUGGAAGAUUCCAAACCAUUGUCAAUGGGCUUAGGAAUCUUGAUCGCAAGUAUGAAAAUGUUGAUCAAAUCACAAAGAUUCUAAGAUGCCUUCCCAGGAGAUGGAGACCUAAAGUCACAGCCAUUCAAGAAUCUAAAGAUCUCAGCACCUUGAGAUUGGAAGAUCUUUUGGGAUCCCUAAAGGUCCAUGAGAUAGAGUCGGCUCACGACGAAGGACAAAAGAAGCAAAAGAAUAUUGCUUUCAAAGCAAACAGUUCAAAGGAUGUCCAAACAAAAGAACAAUCUGAAGAAGAAGAAUCCUCAGAAGAAAUGUCAGACGAUGAACAAGCUCUCUUCAACAGAAAGUUCAAGCGUAUGUGGAUCAAACAACAGAAAGGAAAAGGUACUUCAAGGAAGGACAACAAAAGAGAUUCAAGCUUGAAGAAGAAACCGUUCACUCACAAAAGUGAAGGUGGCUCAAACUUGGACAAAAGCAACAUCACCUGCUUCGAGUGCAAGAAGCCAGGACACAUCAAGCCUGACUGUCCAAAACUUGCAAAGAAAUCAGGCAAGAAGCCCUUCUACAAGAAAAAGAAAGCGCUAGCUGCUGGAUGGGAUGAAUCUGAGGACGAUUCAGAAGAUGAAGAUGAAGGGGAAGAUGAUGAUGCACUCUUUGCUCUUAUGGAUUCUGCAGCAAGCUCGGAGGAUGAAGAUAAUGAUGAGGUAAAACCUGAAAACCUUAAAGAAGAAUUCAACGAAUUACUUGAACAUUCAUAUACUCUAUCUGAAAAAUACAAAGCUUUGAAGAAACAGUUUGCUAAAUUACAACUUGAGCAUGAAAAGGUUUUAAUAGAAAAGAAUCAUGUGCUUAAUGAGAAUAUUGCUUUGAAAGAACAAGACUCUGUUAAGGAAGUGACUUCUCUUAAGAAAAGAAUUAAAGUACUAAUAGAUGAUCUAUCCAUAUUCACUAUAGGACAUGAUAAUCUAGUUAAACUUUGUGGAAAUAAACGUGAACUGUAUGAUAAAAGUGGACUAGGAUUUGAUAGUGAAUCAACUUCAUCUAGUGAAUGCAUGUCUGAUAUAUCUUUUGUAUCAUCUGAGAUUGAUCAAAACAAAUUUGUUGUGAACUGUAAAAUUGAGCGAGUUGUAUCUAUGAGAAAAACGUUCCCGCAAAAGUGA